AGAAGAUUCAUUUUGCGUUAUUUGUUUUUGUAAAAAUAACAUUAUUAGUUUGUUUGACUUGUUUUUUAUAUUAUUUACCCUUGGAUCCAUAACAAAUUUCGAAGCAGAUUGAUCAACGGUCAUUUCUGCAGUCUCUAAAAUGUGCAUAAAAAGUUUACAUUUAGAAAAAAUCAAAAAGAGUUAUGGAUUUCUGUGAUGUCAAUCUUAGAGUUCUUUAUGAUUUUGAAUACACCACAAAAUAUGGACGGAAAAUCAAAAUUUCCUCUGGAGAACGUUUACUUCUCAUCAAAAAAACAAAUGAUGAUUGGUGGCAAGUUAUACGCAGUUCGGAAGAGAGACCAUUUUUCGUACCUGCAUCUUACGUAGAAGAAGUGGAAUCAAAACAACAUGUCCGAGCCAAUAACAAAGACCAAAGCAAUACCAAAUCUUCCAUUGAAAUAUCUUCCAGUAAUAUGUCACCUAUAAUUUCACUAUCAAGUUCAGAUCAAAAGCCCAGUUUGUCAAACUCGACAGGAAAUAAGAAUGAAGAAUGUAACUCAAGUUCAUCACAAUCAUGUUUAGAAAAGGAUUCUAAGAAAGAAAUUCCAUAUGUAAAUAAAACAAAGGCACUUUCUAGCACGAUGUCAUCAUCGGGAUACAAUUCACUUGGUGAGGAAGGUCAAACACAUGAGGAAGAGGUAAUGCCUGAAAUAUCAAGUAAUGAUAAAAUAAAGCUACACCACAGAAGCAAUGACUCAAUUGCAAGCACAAAUAAAAUAGAGCCUGUCACCAACACAACAACUGAUAAGAGCCAUGAUGAUGCAACGGCCAAUUCACCUACCUUAGAUAAAAAUUUAUCUGGCAAAGUGAGCAUGACGAGUAAUACAACAGGAGAAACCUUGGUGAGUGAAGUGAUUAAAAAUGAUGAAGAUAUUAAAUGGACGAAUACUAUCAAUACUAAAACAGAUUUGGGGGUGAGUUCUCGUCCAAUAAUUUCAGGUUUAGGCCUACCAGCUUCUGAUUCUCUUGAAAAUUUAUCACUUCAGAUAGAAUUUAAAACUAACAUAUUAAGAAACAAUCCUGAAAAAAAUUUAGUCACUAAUUCUGCUAUACCGUGCAAAACCGAUGCAAAACCGAGUUGUCGUGAAGACGAGUUAUUAAAAGGAAGUUCUAAUUGUACAGAAGAUAAGGUAAAACAGGGAUUAAAAACUAAGUGUAGGUCACAAUCUUGGAAUGAAUCGAUUGAUAAUGGUAAAGUAAACAUUUCUCCUAACCUCAAUGUUGAUAAUAACAGCUUAAAUUAUCAUGGGAGCUUCAAGACAAGCCCUAACAGACUGAAUAUGUUAAAAAAAAGUAUGAGUGAGAAAACUUUAAAAACUGUUUCGAAUGUGGGGAAACCCAAUAAAGUAUCUGAUACUUUAGUGGAAGAAAACUGUGAUUCCCAUAGCUCUUGUGUGCCUGUGUUGAAGUGUGAUACAAAUGAUAUGGUUUGUGCUAUUGGAACCAACAAUACCACUGUUAUUUGCAAUAAAGUAAAUGAUGUUUUGCAGAAAUCCGAAUACCAGGAAAAAAAAUUGCAAAACCGGCAAUGCUUUGGAAGCGACAGUCAGUUAUCCCAUUUAGUGAAUUCUAAGGAAAAAACAACUUCACGUUAUAGUCUAGACUCUGUUGUAGAAGGUGAAUUUAGUGAUAAUCAUUCAAACUUGGCAGCUGCAAACUCUAACAGCAAAGUUUCAUCUCUGGUCUCUGUUUCCGGAAAAACCAACUCAGAAAAAAGUUCAAACGAUAGUCUAUUGGAUAUUGACAUUGAAGGCAGUUUUAGGAAAAUAUCAGGAGGUACGACAUCUGAUUCGCUGGUGCCAACAGACGGAGAAGAUUUGGUUUCAAGUGGCAGUGAAACAGACUCGGUGAAAUUAGCAAAGAUUAAAAUUUGUGAGUCUAAAGCUGGACACAAGGCUCGAAAAAUACCUCUCGUUAGAAAGAGAAGGGUGUUUUCUUAUAAGUCCAGACAUGAGUUGGGUCAAGAGCCACCGUCUCCUGUGCCACAUCAGUCACCUUCCAGAGUUCUGGGCGAAGGCUGGAGUGAGUACGACACCCAAGAUGGACGCAAGUUCUUCUAUAAUGUCCAGACCAAAGAAAAGAGAUGGAAGCCCCCACGUCGAGCAUAUAACACUAGUAAGGAAGAUGUAGAUGGGGGUGGGGUUGCAGACGACAUGUUCGUGGUGAGCAUGUCUCUGCCUGUGGGCUGGACCUCUGAGAUGGACCCUGUCACUGGACAAGCCUGCUACAUCCAACCUGCCUCAGGCGCAAAGUGGUUCUCAUCGACGGACACUGAAGGGAGGGUUUACUUCUUUGAGGAAAACAGUAACACAUCGUCAUGGACUCUACCAGAAAACCACAUCCUGACUGGCAAAGAGAAACUAAUACCCGAUGCAGAAGAAAAUGAAACCAUCUCAAGUGCUCACAUUGCUGAAAAAAAUCAAAGCAGAAGUUUAAAAGCAAAGUCGAUGGUAUUGGCAACCAGUCAACAUGAAGAGUCCACAUCACUUUCGAACUUUUCAAUGCAUUGGCCUCAGCUUCUGGGUGGAACCAUGUUUGUUAUCAAAGAAGGCGCUCUAAACAAGACUAAGAUAACAGAGAACGGCAAGAGAGUGCGUAAAAACUGGACUUCCACAUACGCUGUUCUCACUGAGCUGUUGCUGCUGUUCUUCAAAGACAACAAGGGAUUCCCCUCCAUGAUGAACGGCAAGGGAGGGCCGGAGCUGAGUGUGGAUCUGAACGGAGCCAAAAUAGACGCUGGAGACAAAGUGUCAAGUCGCAAGAAUGUCUACAUGCUGAGUACAGUGCUGGGUCUGCAGGUGCUGAUACAGUGUGACUGUGCUACCUCAGCACAACAGUGGCUUGCAGCCAUACAGACUGUCAUCAACAACUUGCCAUUGGGAAUAGAAAAUAAAGGAAUCAGAACGAAACCUGAAAGUCCAUUAGAAGAGAAUAAGCCAGUCCCACGGAUUGGUCGCUCAAAAUCGAUGAAACUGAAAAACAAAAGUGCAAGCAUAGAAGAUUUGUCCAAUGUUGCGGAAAAGCAAACUAAAAUACGAGAACGUUUAAAAAAAUUCUUCCACAGAAGGCCAUCUGUGGAUGUUCUAGUGAAAAAGGGUAUUUGGAAAGAUGAGCCGGUGUUUGGCUGUUUGUUGGAGCAAGUGUGUCCUGCUGAGCCGCCCAGAGUGCCAAUGUUUGUACAGCACUGUGUCCGCUGUGUGGAGCGCAACCUAGAGAACAUGAAGACUGACGGACUAUACCGGGUGUCAGGGAACAUCUCACAAGUACAGAAGAUCAGAUAUCAGGUUGACCAGAACAUUUACUCCCUGCUCGACCAAGAAGAAGAUGUACAUGUUCUGUCAGGAACUCUCAAACUAUUCUUCAGAGAACUCAAACAACCUCUCAUACCAUUCAAGUUUUUUGACAAAGCACUGAGAGCAAGUACAAAUUCCAACUACAACGAGAAGAUCAAGGAGUUCAGAGAAAUUGUGAAAUCAUUGCCUACCUGCAACCAUGAUACACUCAAGUAUUUACUUCAACAUUUAUUAAGAGUAACCAAGUAUCAAGAGUUCAAUCGAAUGCACAUUCCCAACAUAGCGAUUGUGUUUGGUCCAACGCUGAUGUGGCCCGAACAAGAGUCCAAGAACAUGGCUUUCGACUUGAUGCAGCAAAACUUUGUCAUUGACUUUUUACUCUCUGAGUUCAACAACAUCUUCCGUUAGCCACUCCAUACCACAAACUUGCUCGAGUUAAAUUCUUAUAAACUAUUUUCAAUCAACUGAUCAAAAGACAUAACAUAAAAUAUAAAAAACAUUAAGUAGAGUAUCAAAAAUAUGUAAGUUUUAUCCUCCAAAAAGUCAAUUCAAUAGGAUUUGUUGUUAAUGAUCAAUGAAACAUAAAAUUAACUGUACUCACUAAAUAGAACUUACGAAUUUGUUUCUGUUACGCUAUAUACUGUAAAAAAUAACAUCUUUACAUUUUAAGCUUGAGCUAUUUUUGUACACUAGGUUCAGUACAAACAAUUAGUGAUGGUUGAAAUCAGACAUUUUGAAUCUCAAAACCGAAAUUAAAAAAAAAUUUAAUCCCGAAUCUCAAAACAUUCAUGCAAAACUUUUUUACCAGCCUGUUCAAGGUUUAAAAAUACAGGUAAUAAGAAAAGUUAUGCAGUCCAAAAAAUAGGCCUAAUUUACUUUUUCCAUCAUUGUUAGUGGUGAUCUGUUUGCUCCAUUGCUACUAGCUAGUGCGUGGAGUUGCCAGAUCCUCACAUGAUUUCUCUGUUCUAAUUUUGUAAAAAGUUAGACCUUCGACCAUGGAAAAAAACUUCUUCUUGAAGCUUAGAGAUUUUAUAGAAAAUCUAACAAUGCAAUGACAAUAAGAUGUGACUUGUCAAGUCUAGAAACCAAAUUUUUUCCAAAGUUUUAGGGGUUUUAAGAUUUGGGAUUCUGUUUUGACACAUCACUACAAAUAAUCAGUUAUUGACCCACUUUUACAAAUUACUGUUUUAAUACUGUAAUCCAAUAUGAACAUAUAAAACUAUUAUUGAUAGAUGGUUUAUAAUGACAAGAUUUUUAUUUACAUGGAAAGUAGGAUUUGGAUAUUAAAUACCACAAUGUUAAAACUGUUGGAUAAGUUUAUUAACGAAUCUGCUAAGAGUGUUUAAAAUUAUCAAACUACCAUAAUCAAAGUCUAGCUUUUUAGAAAAAAAUAUACUAUUAUUAUGCUCAUGAUGUAUACUUCAUUAGUAUAUUUUAAAACCUAGUAUAAGUAUUGCAUGUAAAUAAAUAUCAUUUCACAUUUACUGCCUCAAAUUUUCCACUUGAGGACGGUAGUUUAGUUCAAUGCACAUACUUGUUUUAACCUUAUUACACAUUCAACUUAGGCUUGUUAUUAUAACUUUCACGUUACCUUGCAAUGCAUGUUAGUUGAUAGAUAAAAAUUAUUGUUUAUGCAUUUUACUCUAGUUUUUAAUAUAUUCAAAGUUUGGCUAUUAUUGGUUUCAGUUUUGAAAAUAUGUUUCUGUUAUAACUACAUUUCUAAGAUUUUACAAGUACAAGUAUAAGUUCACAACUAAUUUAUGCAUUAUGCAAGGCAAGAACAAGUUCAAAUGAAUAUAUGACCUAUGUUAAAUUAUAUCAGUUGAAAAAUAUAAAUACAGAGUGUAAUGAAGUUAGUGUUUAACAUUUUUAUGUUAAACUGCUCAGUAUUGGUGAGAAAAUGGCACUAAUUAAGAUUUACAAACCCUCCCAGGUAGGGAAUAGCAGACAUAUUGAUAUUUUUUUCAAAAUAUUUGUAUUUGCUUACAUUAAAUGGCCAUGAGUGCAUUAAAGAUUGUUUUUUUAGACUUUAUUGUCAUUUUCAGAAUCCUCAUUAAAUUUUGAAUAGUUAGUACAGAAUCAUUGAAAUGAAACAUAUAAGCCUUUAUUCUGCAACAGAAUUUUGAAUUUGUGAUUUUUGAGAAAAAUGCUAAAACUUUUAAAUACGUUUUUCUAUGUUAAACUGGACUAUAGAGAGUGUCAA